AGGUAGGAAAAAGAGAAAAAAAAAGAUGAUGGCGCGAGCUCGAACGAUUUAAAGAAUAAAGUUUUUUCGCGCGCGUAUCAGGGCGCAUGCGCGUUGUUCUAUACCGUCGAGCCGUCAACCAGUGAACGAUUGCAAAUGGCGACAGCCACGAAAUCUUUGGCACCGACUCGCGAAUAGUUUCACGCUCACCGUGCACUUCGCAACCGAGCCGCGCUUGAACGCUGUCCUUAACCCAGAUCGGUGGUUCAAGCAAAAGGAGGCAAGAUGCCGGCUGUUAGAGGUGAUGGCAUGCGAGGAUUAGCAGUCUUUAUUUCAGACAUUAGGAAUUGUAAAAGUAAAGAGGCAGAAAUAAAAAGAAUAAACAAGGAAUUGGCAAAUAUACGCAGCAAAUUUAAAGGUGAUAAGACACUGGAUGGAUAUCAGAAGAAAAAGUAUGUGUGCAAACUUCUAUUUAUUUUCUUGCUUGGUCAUGAUAUCGAUUUUGGGCACAUGGAAGCGGUUAACUUACUUUCCUCUAAUAAAUAUUCGGAAAAACAAAUUGGUUAUCUUUUUAUAUCAGUUCUAGUAAACACCAACAGUGAUCUCAUUAAAUUAAUAAUCCAAAGUAUAAAAAAUGAUCUUGCGUCUCGCAAUCCAAUUCAUGUAAAUCUAGCGUUGCAAUGCAUCGCUAAUAUUGGUAGUAAAGAAAUGGCAGAAGCAUUUGGAAACGAAAUUCCAAAGUUACUUGUGUCAGGGGAUACAAUGGAUGUGGUUAAGCAAAGUGCAGCGUUGUGUUUGUUGCGAUUAUUACGUACUGCCCCAGACGUUGUUCCUAGCGGAGAAUGGACAUCUCGCAUAGUACAUCUUUUGAACGAUCAACAUCUUGGAGUUGUAACCGCAGCUGCAUCGUUGAUAGAUGCACUUGUUAAGAGAAAUCCUGACGAAUACAAAGGUUGCGUUAGUCUCGCAGUUUCCAGAUUAAGCAGAAUUGUCACGUCGAAUUACACAGAUCUACAAGAUUAUACUUAUUAUUUCGUGCCAGCUCCGUGGCUGUCUGUUAAAUUAUUACGAUUGUUACAAAAUUAUACCCCACCAGCCGAAGAUCCAGGUGUCAGAGGGAGAUUAAACGAGUGUUUGGAAACGAUAUUAAAUAAAGCUCAAGAACCACCAAAAUCAAAGAAAGUACAACAUUCUAAUGCAAAGAACGCAGUUCUUUUUGAGGCUAUUAGUCUAAUUAUUCAUAAUGACAGUGAACCAAAUUUAUUAGUACGCGCGUGCAAUCAAUUGGGCCAAUUUUUAUCAAAUCGCGAAACGAAUCUACGUUAUUUGGCACUUGAGUCUAUGUGCCAUUUAGCCACAUCCGAAUUUUCCCACGAAGCUGUGAAGAAACAUCAAGAGGUAGUGAUAUUAUCUAUGAAGAUGGAAAAAGAUGUUUCAGUAAGGCAACAAGCGGUAGAUUUAUUGUAUGCCAUGUGCGAUAAGAGUAACGCAGAAGAAAUAGUACAAGAAAUGUUAAACUAUCUCGAAACUGCAGAUUAUUCUAUCAGAGAGGAAAUGGUUUUAAAGGUAGCCAUUUUAGCGGAGAAAUAUGCUACAGAUUAUACUUGGUACGUUGACGUUAUCCUAAAUCUAAUCAGGAUAGCUGGUGAUUAUGUCUCGGAAGAAGUCUGGUAUAGAGUUAUACAGAUUGUCAUUAAUAGAGAUGACGUACAAGGAUAUGCCGCUAAAACAGUUUUUGAGGCUUUACAAGCGCCGGCGUGUCACGAAAACAUGGUCAAAGUCGGUGGUUACAUUUUAGGAGAAUUUGGUAACCUUAUUGCUGGUGAUCAGCGUUCAUCUCCAUCCGUACAAUUUCAACUAUUACAUUCCAAGUAUCACUUGUGUUCUCCAAUGACACGAGCGUUAUUGCUAUCUACCUACAUCAAAUUUGUUAAUCUCUUCCCCGAAAUACGGACCCAAAUUCAAGACGUUUUUAGACAACACAGCAAUUUGCGUAGCGCGGAUGCCGAACUUCAGCAAAGAGCAUCAGAAUAUUUGCAAUUGAGCAUAAUAGCUUCUACUGAUGUAUUGGCAACUGUACUAGAAGAAAUGCCUGCGUUCCCAGAACGAGAAUCUUCGAUUCUUGCAGUUUUAAAGAAAAAGAAACCUGGCCGUGUACCGGAGAACGAAAUAAGGGAAAGCAAAAGCCCAGCACCAAACACCAAUCAUCACGCGGAAGCACCAUCUGUUACUGCAGUUUCUGCAGUUAACAAUACUUCUGCAGAUCUGUUAGGUUUGUCGACGCCACCUUCGUCUCAACCAACGAGCAAUACUGGUGUUCUUCUGGACGUCUUAGGUGAUAUUUACAAUAUGCCAAAUAAAGUUGGUGCAACCAACGGUACUCAAAAUAUGUACAAUCCUAAAAAAUUCGUUUGUAAAAACAAUGGAGUACUCUUUGAGAACGAUUUGAUUCAAAUCGGUGUUAAAUCCGAAUUCAGACAGAAUCUAGGACGCGUUGGUCUUUUCUACGGCAAUAAAACUCAAUACGCAUUACAUAGUUUUCAACCACAGUUAUCGUGGUCGGAAGAAAAUCAAGCAAAGUUGGCUGUUCAGGUUAAGGUCGUUGAUCCUGUCUUGGAAGCUGGUGCUCAAAUUCAACAGAUGAUCAAUGCUGAAUGUAUCGAUGACUACAGUGACACACCUAGUAUGCUUAUAUCUUUUAUUUAUAACAACGUACCGCAGAAAAUUACUAUGAAGUUACCAUUAACGAUAAACAAAUUCUUUGAACCAACGGAGAUGAACGGAGAAUCUUUCUUUGCACGAUGGAAGAAUCUUGGAGGUGCGAAUCAACAACGCUCGCAAAAAAUAUUCAAAGCGCAACAACCGAUGGAUUUGGUUCAGGUUCGUACAAAAUUGCAAGGAUUUGGAAUGCAGUUGUUGGAUGGAAUCGAUCCAAAUCCCGACAAUUUCGUUUGCGCUGGUAUUGUUCACAUGAGAGCUCAACAAGUAGGAUGUUUAUUACGUCUUGAACCGAAUAAACAGGCUCAGAUGUUCCGAUUAACGGUGCGUUCGAGUAAAGAAUCUAUGUCCGUUGAGAUCUGCGACCUGCUAGUGGAUCAAUUUUAAAAAAAGGGCCUAGCAGGCGUGUAUAGAAGCGACGAAGGAAGCUAGUUUCAUGGUCACGUCGCGGGAAGGCACGAUAACGCUUUGUAAUGCUCCCAAAUGUCGUCGACCGCGUUGUACCAGGAAAUAAGAAAAAAUACUAAUAAUUAAACGUUAAGAAGCGUGUGCUGCGGUUAUACCCAAGCUUACGGAUGAUAGACAUCUUUGAUUGCUGUUGUAAUAUCCAACGCCAUGAAAAUCAUACUCACAAGAGAUAUUUGGUGGCACGUAAGAAGAAAGUUUAAGAAAAGAAUUUACGAGGUUUCCUGAGCAGCCUAGCGUUAGGACGUAAGAUUAAUAUAAAAAAUGAAAGAAAAGAAAAGUAAAAAGUCUAGGACGAUGAAAAAUGUUCAAUGAUAUAUACACUGUAUAUACGGUGGUGGUAUCAUUGUACUUUGUCAAUCGUUUCUACGCGACGUUUCCAUCUUAUCAGACUCAGCAUUCCGGCACAGACGUAAACGUAUGUACCUUUAGUUUCUAAUUCCACGUGUCGGGUUCUCGUAGACGUUUAUUCUCAACGUCCAAAAUAGUUUUUUUUUUUGGGGGGGGGGUUGAAUUUUGUCAAGCAGAGAACGGAAAGCAAAUAAUUAUUCGCACCGAUCUUUCAUUUCGUUUUCUUUUUUUGAAAGCGACUCGUUUCCGUUUACUAUCUUUCUGUCUGUAAUGUGUGUGUCUGCUGUUCUAUGUGUGUUGUGUGUGUAUGUGUGUGUGUGUAUCUCUCAAUGUGCAUAUGAGAAUUGUUGCGUACGUGCACAUGCGAAUGAUAGAAAGAGACACUCGUGCCGUACGAAACAAAAAUGCGAUUAUGCGUGUGGUAUAUACUUUUUUUUUU